AUCGUCGGUAUAGUAGCCACCUUUAUCAGUUUGAACUUAUUGAACCACAGUCAAGACAAAAGACCUUCAAUCGUCCGAUCGAAGACAAGCACUUUAUAAAGAAUUUUAACAGUUUUUUGGUUACUUAUCAUUUACUUAUCAUUUCUACUUGAGUGACGAUGUCAGAGUCAGCAGUUGUAAAAGUGGAAAUCACACAAGAAGAGGAAAUAAAUGCAUUUAUGGAUGGCAUAGUGUUACAGAGCAAUUAUGUCUCCGGAGCAAUCAAGCGUGAAAGUACGAUCAAUGGGGACUCAGAUGGAAAUGAAGUUCGGCAGGAGAACGAAUUUGAACAUGUUGACCAAUCGGAAACGUCAAAAAAGUUUAAUUGUGCUCAUUGUGAUUUUGUCAGUAAGUAUAAAUCCACCUUAUGGGUACAUUUGCGAACACACAGUACUGGUAAAGAUUUAAAAUGCACUCAUUGUUUUUACACUACCAAUAAUACAGUCCGUAUGAAACAACACCUUCUAUCUCACAAGACCUCCAAAGAUUUAAGGUGUGCCCAUUGCGAUUUUGCGACCAAUUACAAAAGCUCCUUAAAACUGCAUUUGCUACGACACAAUAAGACUGACAAGCAUUUGGAAAACCACGUGAUAACGCACAAACCUGCCAGUGAUUUCAAAUGUACUUUUUGUACCUUUGGAAGUAAGUAUCAAUCCACUUUGAACAUACAUUUGCUAACGCACAAGACAGUCAAAGAUCUUAAGUGUACCCUGUGUGAUUUUGCAACUCAUUAUAAAUACAAUUACAAUGUACAUCUCUUAACUCACAAGACUACCAGGCAUUUGAAAUGUGUACAGUGUGAUUACGCAACCAAAUAUAAAGUCAGUUUGAAAAAUCAUAUGUUAACACACCAGACUACCAAGAGUUUAAAAUGUGCACAGUGUGAUUAUUCCACCAAGUAUAAAACCAGCUUGAAAACCCAUCUGUUAAAACACGACAUUGUCAAGUAUUUUAAAUGUAAAAAGUGUCAUUACACAACCAAUGACAAAUCCAAUUUGAAAAAACAUCAGCUAACUCACAACAGAGUCAAAGAUUAUAAGUGCAUCCACUGUGAUUUUGCAACUCAAUACAAAAACAGCCUUAAUAAACAUCUCUUAAUUCACAAGAUAAAAUGUGACCAGUGUAAUUACGCAUCCAAUUGCAAUUUAUGUUUGAAUCACGCGACAAUCAAAAAUUUUAAAUGUGCCCAAUGUGACUACAGAACCAAUGUCAAAUCCAGUUUAAGAACACAUCAGCUAACGCACAAGGCUGUCAAAGAUUUAAGGUGCGCCCACUGUGACUUUGCGACCAAUUACAAAAGCAGUUUAAUAAUACACUUUAAAAAACAUAAAUGAUUUAACAAUAAAUUAUUGUAUAAGUAUUUUGCACUAAAUCUCAAACCUCUGUUUAUUCACUUACUGAUGAAGGUGUUUCGUAUACGUUCCCCGGGUUGCAUCAGACGUCUCGUGGAUUGCAUGUGACCUUGAGAAACUAGUAAAGCCCUAAAACAUUUUAUUUGUGGCUUCGUUAAAUUUACUAAGCUGUAUGUGUGUAUGUAAAGUGUUAUGUAGCUGCUAGUGGACAGUUAGAGCGUGUUAGUACCCAAAACUUUGUAAUGGACCAAAUCGCAGUGAAUAUUGUAAAAGAUGUCGAGGGAUUCCAGUUAACUCAAAUCCCAUUUGAGGGCAUCGUAGAAUCAUCUCGAAUGAAACCUUGGUCCAAAAACAAUCCUUCCGCAUCUUAAGUAAAGUGGCGUUUUAGCCUGUACGUUUUCCUUGUAAUCUGGUUAAUUCAGCAAUGGCCGAGUUGUAAAAGAAGUUUGCUGGCAACAGCGCUUUUGUAUGAGAUUGCUUAAAAAAGAUGGCGGUUAUGACAUUUUGGAUGCAUAUUUUUUAUAUAUAUACAUUUUGUAAUAAAUAGUGUUCU